AUGCCAGACGAGAUCUCAAAAUGUGCUCCAUCUCCAGCCAGGGAGUGUCCCCUCGAGACCCUGGAUCCAGAUGGGGACGCGGUACUACUGAUCACCGGUGCAGCUUCGGGCCGAUUCCUGGUCUCAUCAAAAAUCCUGAUUCUCGCCUCGCCCGUCUUUGCAAAACUCCUUACAUCGGGGGAUAGCCCGGGCGCGAUGAGGACGAUUCUACAAGCUCUUCAUCUCCAAGGGUCUGAAGUUGGGGAUUCUAGGAGUGCGAAGCAGCUGGCCGUCAUCGCUGUUCUUUCUGACAAGUUCGACUGCAACAGUGCUCUCCGGCCUUGGAUCUUGAACUGGCUUGGCGGGUUUUCUCAUAUGGAGACGCCAGAGGAUCAUGGCUAUCUUCUUCUCACUGCGUAUCUCUUUCAUUGCGAAGACCAUGAUGCCAUACUUUAUAUCCAGGCUCAAAUUUACUUUCCUCCCCGGUUUUCCGACAUCUGGGAGGAGGCAGACCUUCUGGACCUGCUUCCGUCAAGUACCACCACAUACACCAACAGCUACGGGCCAUCCACGAACACCUUCAAGAGGGCGAGGUAG